AACUAAACCUCCCCAAAAUAGGGAUAAAUAAUUACUCCGCAGCAUUCAAUACACAGAACAGAAGGUAGAUUGUAGAUUCACAUCAAUAACCAAAGUCAAGACCGCGUUUGGCCGGUCGAGUUGAAAUUUAAACGAAUCAACCAAUUCCCGAUUCCUCUCUCAAUUCGUUCCACUCAAUGCAAAAGCGUUGCUUCAAAAUUCUUUAUUAUAUAGAUUCAUUCCUCAAGCAUUUGAGGAAAUCCAUUUCCCUCUUUUUGUCUUCACUGUUCUUCUCCCACUUCGUUUCGAUUCGCUCUUCUAAUCACUCAAGUCAACUCUGCAAGUCCUAGGAUCCGACCCGUUUCGCAGGCUCCUCAUUCGGGUCCAGAUUCUGGUAAAGUUCUAAUAUUUGUAUGAUUUUGUAGUGCUUCGCAGUGGUUGGUGGUUAUGGCGGUUUCUUACAGAAAAUCCCGGAUGAAAAAUUUGGGUUUUUGCCGGUUGAUUUUGAUUCUUAUUUUUGGAGCUGUUUUCUUGCUGAUAUUGUUGAGGGCCAAUACGUUUAGGGAUUUAAUAAGUAGAUAUUCAGUUGAGAGUGACGAUGAUGAGAGUUUUGAAUCGAAUUAUAACUACAGUGUGAGUUUUAGCAAGAAUUUGAAGCUUCAUCGGCAGAAUGAGCUGUCGAUUUCACUAGAAAAGCGUAAUCGGAUGUUGCCUGGGAAUUUAGAUUUGUACCCUAAGCUAGCCAAGAAUCACAUAGUGAUUGUGUUGUAUGUGCAUAAUCGGCCUCAAUACCUUCGUGUAGCCGUAGACAGCCUCUCGAAGGUCAAGGGGAUUAGUGAGACUCUCCUCAUUGUUAGCCAUGAUGGUUACUUUGAUGAGAUGAACAAGGUUGUGGAGGGCAUCAAGUUUUGCCAAGUGAAACAGAUCUUUGCCCCGUUUUCGCCCCAUCUGUUUCCUGAUGGAUUCCCCGGUGUUUCCAAGAGUGAUUGUAGGGAUAAGGAUGAUGCUGUGGCAAAGAAAUGUGUGGGGACUCCAGAUCAGUAUGGAAACCAUAGGUCUCCCAAGAUUGUGUCGUUGAAGCAUCAUUGGUGGUGGAUGAUGAAUACAGUGUGGGAUGGUUUGAAGGAGACGAGUCAGCAUUCGGGGCAUAUCCUUUUUAUAGAGGAGGAUCACUUUAUUUUCCCUAACGCAUACCAAAACUUGCAGCUGCUUGUGAAGCUGAAGCCUAAGAAGUGCCCGGAUUGCUAUGCUGCAAAUCUGGCGCCGUCUGAUGUGAAGUCGAAGGGGGAAGGGUGGGAGAGUUUGAUAGCGGAGAGGAUGGGAAAUGUGGGGUACUCUUUUAACCGGACAGUGUGGCGGAUGAUUCAUAGGAAGGCUAGGGAGUUUUGCUCGUUUGAUGAUUAUAACUGGGAUAUAACAAUGUGGGCUACCGUUUAUCCAUCGUUUGGGAGCCCUGUUUACUCGCUGAGGGGACCUAGGACGAGCGCUGCCCACUUUGGGAAGUGUGGUCUGCAUCAAGGUCAGAGCGAGAACGCGGCCUGUAUUGAUAAUGGUGUCUUCAAUUUGAAUGUCGAGGAAACAGAUACGGUUCCUAAUAUUAAAUCAGAUUGGGGGCUGCAUGUGUACAAGCACCAAUCCGGAUAUCAAGCCGGAUUUAGGGGAUGGGGAGGCUGGGGAGAUAAAAGGGACCGUCAACUAUGUUUGGACUUUGCCAAAAUGUAUUCGACCUCAAAGGCAGAUGUGGUGUGAUUGGGCGUCGUUUCUUCUACAACCGGCUACGACAUGUGAGCUUUAACACAGUGUUGUAUUCUUUAGUGAAAAGAUUGGGAUUGCUUGACUUCUUGAGCAAAUCGUCUGAAUGCUCCUAUGUUUACAAGAGAUGGAACGGGCAGCUGCUACCUGUUGAUUGUUUGUUAUAGAGCAGAGACGAGCUCUAAUAUUACACGCAAUGUAAGCAAUAAAAAGCUAUGCUUUUCUCUCUUUUACCCAAAUUUGUACGAGCUCCCCAUCAUUUCACACGCUUAAUGUACUGAUACACGGUUUAUUAGCUUCUCGUUGCAAAUCAUAGUACUUAGUUACUGAUUUCAUCAUUCUGAUAAACUUAUUUCGUUCA